ACACGUCUCUCUCUCUCUCUCUCUCUCUCUCUCUCUCUCCAUCCAUUUGGGUUUUGUACCUUCAUCACUACUACUUCAUUACAUAUAUAUACGCACACACAUAGAGCGAGAGAGAGAGAGAGAGAGAUGAGCAGUAACAGGCAGGUACAGCACUCGCUAGCGUUCCGAGUGAUGAGGCUGUGCCGGCCUUCACUCCAGGUCGACAACCCCCUCCGGUUCGAUCCCUGCGAUCUCAUCGCCGGCGAAGACCUCUUCGACGACCCCGCCGCCGCUUCUCACCUCCCUCGCCUUCUCUCUAACCCCACCCUCUCGACUGCUGCCAAGCCCUCCGACGCCUCCGGCGAUCUCACCUACCGCUCCCGAUUCCUCCUCCACCACCCCUCCGACGCCAUGGGCCUCCCCGGCCUCCUCGUCCUCCCCCAGGCCUUCGGGGCAAUUUACCUGGGAGAGACUUUCUGCAGUUACAUCAGUAUCAACAACAGUUCCAAUUUCGAAGUCAGGGACGUUGUAAUUAAGGCUGAAAUUCAAACAGAAAGGCAGAGAAUAUUGCUUUUAGAUACAUCAAAAUCACCUGUUGAAUCAAUACGUGCUGGAGGCCAUUAUGAUUUCAUCGUGGAACAUGAUGUGAAAGAACUUGGUGCACACACGCUUGUCUGCACUGCCAUGUACAAUGAUGGUGAUGGUGAGCGUAAAUAUCUUCCGCAGUUCUUUAAGUUCAUAGUUUCAAAUCCGCUUUCAGUUAGGACAAAGGUCCGCAUUGUCAAGGAAACUACAUUUUUGGAGGCUUGCUUUGAAAAUCAUACAAAAUCAAACCUUUAUAUGGACCAAGUUGACUUUGAGCCAGCUCAACAAUGGAGUGCAACAGUCCUUAAAGCUGAUGAUCAUGAGUCAGAGAAAAGUGCUUUGACUAGAGAGAUAUUCAAGCCUCCCAUUCUCAUAAAAUCCGGGGGAGGAAUUCACUACUAUCUGUACCAAUUGAAGUCAUCUUCUCAAGGGCCUGCUCAAAUGAAAGUUGAUGGAAGCAAUGUGCUUGGAAAACUUCAGAUUACAUGGCGCACCAAUUUGGGUGAACCAGGGCGUCUGCAGACACAGCAGAUUCUUGGCAGUCCAAUCACAUACAAGGAGAUCGAGCUACAGAUAGUAGAAGUGCCAUCAGUUAUCAUCCUGGAAAAGCCCUUUUUGGUUCACUUGAAUCUUGUAAACCAGACAGAUAGGGUGAUGGGUCCCUUUGAGGUCUGGUUAUCACAAAGUGAUGAACCUAAUGAGAAGGUUGUUAUGGUUAAUGGUCUUCAGACACUGGCUUUACCUCAGGUGGAAGCAUUUAAUUCUACAAGUUUCCGAAUGAAUCUAAUUGCUACGAAACUAGGGGUUCAGAAAAUUGCUGGCAUAACAGUGUUUGACACAAAAGAGAAGAGAACGUAUGACUCUUUGUCAGAUUUGGAGAUAUUUGUCAAUUUGGAUUAGUUUAGUUGGUGGACUAGCAAUUGAUGGCAGAGCGGAGGCAGUUUUGGUUGCUCUUCUGGUGGGGAUAGCUGCUUUGGAUGAGCAUUGGAUGUCAUGAUAUGGCUAUUUGUUGUCUAAAGCUUCAUUUGUUCAAACAAAUUGGAACCAUCAACCAGAUUCUCUGCAAGUUGUCUAGGGCAACAUUUUCUCUUUUGAUAUUAUGUACUGCCCCAGGAAGUCGGAUUCUUGGCCCUUGUUUUCAAGGAAAGACCUACCAUUCCAAUAAAAGGCAGGCCCGACAAAAUUCUUCCUUGUUGAAGUUCCUAUCGGAAACUUGAUGGUUUUAUUUAUUUAUUUUUUCCUGCUUAGGUAUCAGAAUUUUUUUUUUUUUUUUUUUUCCCAUGGACGGAACAAUGGUGUAUUAUCUGGAUGGGCAGAUUGCUUUUUUCCCGGUGUGUCAUCUCUGAGAGUACAUUUGGAGUUAAGUCCAAUUUUAGUGUACUUGUAUACAAAUGAGACAGAUUUUAACUGACCAACUUGAUGUGUGCUUCUGUAUCAUAGCCUCAAUCUAUAUGAACGUUUUAUUGUCA